AUCUCUACACGUGAGUCCUAGUGCACCAGAUCUGUCAAAACACAUCACACCAUAUCUAAAGCUCGUCCUCUCUGUCUCUCUCUCAGACACACAGGGUAUUUGGGACUGAUCAAGACCAGUUUUUGUAGAUAUUUUUCUGCGCCCGGCAAGUCAAGCUUGGGACAUCAAGGCAAUCUGUGAGGCUUUCACAAACAACAGCACCAAGUGACCAAUCCAAUGAUACUGAAAUCUGUCAUCCUUCACUGAGUGGGAAAUGGAGGCUGUGUGUGAAGAGAGUUUGCACAGAUUUUGGGGAGCUGUGUGUGUUGAUUGGAGGAACCAAUUCUGUGUCACCUCACCCGACAUAAGCUUCACAUUCUUACUGACAGAGGAAGACAAACCUCAAAUGCCUGAGGGCUCUUUGCUGAAGCUCCAGGCUCUGGAGGGAGACACCAGCCCUUCUUCAGACCCCUCUCCCGAAGAAAGUCCUCCCAGCCUGGGAUUCAAAGAUGAAAUCCUGAUUUCUUCAUGCAAUGGUAUUGGGCAAGAGCACAGUUUACCAGACUGUAGGCUGGCAGAGAGUGACUGUAGCAGUGAUUUCCAGCGGAGCCCGGGGCCCAGUCGACUUAUUCAGCACAUCACAGACGACAACAGCCCCCUGCCUUCCCCACGCUGCUCCAGCUUCAGUCAGGGCCAACGCUUCAACACAGACCCUGAAUCUGCCCCGUCUCCACCCUGCGCACAGCAUCUCAUAAUGGCUCGUGGAGUUGUUAGAAUGGAGGUUCCUGGAGACGCAAAGGAAGCUACUUCCAUCCCACUCCUCAGCAAACACAUCCAAACUCUCAAGAGGAAAAUACGCAGGUUUGAGGAGCGCUUUGAGCAAGAAAUGAACUAUAAGCCUUCACACAAUGAUAAAUCAGCCAAUCCAGAGAUGUUCAAACUCAUGAGUGAACUAGCCAGGUCUCGCAAGCAGCUCAAAGAUUUGAAGCUCAGACAGUCAUUUGAGGGAUCCCCGACACAUGAGAACAACAAGUCCACAGAUAGUUGCAGGUACACCAUCGGCCAGCAGGUGACGCCAGAGCAGCAGCACAAGCCCUCUCUGGAGGAGACAGUGGGCGCACUCCUGAAACGACUACGGGAGAAACGCCAGGCCCUCGGCCUCCCAGACAACAUGAAGGAGAUGACCCAAAGACAGAUGGCCCUAGAGAAGAUCACUCUGCAAAAAUGUCUACUGUAUUUUGAGAGCUUACAUGGCCGCCCUGGCACCAAACAAGAGAAAAACCUGGUAAAACCUCUCUAUGAUAGAUACCAGAUGGUGAAACAUCUCCUGUGUGCGACUCCCACUAUUACAACUAUAGAAGAAGAAGAAGGCUCAGAUGACGACUCUGUCCGGUACACCCCCCCACCCGUGUGCCUCACUGAUAAGAGCAGCUGUGGGGAGGAGGAGGGAGACAGUGACCCGGCCUUUGUGUCUCCACUGGAUGAGAUCAAGACAGUGAGACAUUCAGCCAUAACCAUGUCCAACCUCCACGAGGCCUCCAGGUCUGAGUUGCUGGAAUGUUUGCAUGAGACUCGAGCCGAAAAGAAGAGACGACGUAAAGCCAUCAGAGAGUUUGAAGAGCAGUUCCUCAGACAGAUGGGAAGAACCGCACAAAAAGAUGACAGAAUCCCCGUGGCCGAGGAGUACCAGGAGUACAAAAGUCUCAAAGCCAAAUUACGCUUACUGGAAGUGCUGCUCAGCAAACGGGAAACCACACAGACUAUCUGAGUUAAAGAGAUUCUUUCUGCCUUUCAGUGUUGAACCCAAUGUUUGGACCAAAUGGAGAUUUACUUUUGACAUAAUUGUGCCAUAAUGAUGCUAAAAUGCACUUUAAUAUGUUUUCUGACCACAUUAGAAGUCCUAGACUCAGUGGGUUGGGCCGAACCGAUCAAGGCCUUUCAGUGACUACUAGAACAAACACAAACGUGUGCGAUCUCUGUGCUGUGUACAGAGCGAGACAGAUCGAUACAAACCUCAUUCAGAUUUCAAAGGGCAAAAGAGAAUAGAGUAUUCAUCUAUGUUUAUGGAACAUGGCACUUUAUUUUUGGAGAAGAUUUUUAUUUUUAUUUUUAACCAAAGUCGAAUCGUAUGCAAUUGUAAUGUUUUCUUGCUCUUGUCUGAAGCUAGUUUAUGAUUCUAAUUAGGACCGUAGUGACAUUGUGCACACUAAUGAGGAUCCAUGAUUCUCUGGGGCUAGACAAAAUCUCUAGACUGUCAAAUAAUGCAACGCUCUAGAUAGAAAACAACUCAGAGCACUUAAAAUAAUGGUUUUAUGCAAAUUUCAAUGAGUUCCUUAACAUAAAAAAACAGCAGAAACAAACCAUAAUUGUAUGCAUUGUAUGAGCCAACAAAACGUAAUUGUUUAUUUCUCAUAUAUUUGUCUCUCGCAUUAAAAAGGGAGCACAAAAUGAGACAUACCACCCAGAAUUGAAAAGAUUCUCCCAGAAGAGCUAAGGACUGUAUUUCUAAAGAUCCAUUUUUCUCAAAAACGUGUUACAGUAUGGUACGUGGUCAUCACAGAGCACAGUUUUCCUCCUAUACAUCAAGAGCAAAUGAUAUAUUGGUUAAAAUGAACACUGUCCAAUCACAUCAUACAUUAAAAACAAUACUGAAGCCCGAAGCGGAGAUAUGAUCAUGAGAAGCGGAUGAGCGCUUUAAGUGCAAUUCUGCUCAAGUAGCUACUCUCUGGAAACGAAACAAUCAAUAUCUUUGCUUUCCGACGGCUCUACUGCAAUGAACUAUUACAAUCUUUGUGUAGUGUCUUUGCAUGCCAACCAGCUAAACUGUUGAGUUGUGCUACAAUCAGGUGUGGUUAUUCUGUCAUGUUAAUGUCGUCCCAGAAUUUAUUUGCUGUACACAUCCACAAUGACAAAUGUAGCUUUUGAAUGCUAGCUAUAGUGCACGUAACUUCAUUGGUUUAUACAGUAUAUAUAUAUAUUUUUUUUUUAUCACCAAAGUCCUGUAUUGUGCACUUCUGAUCCUGUCCAUUUUCUAUUCAUCAGUUAAAAAAUAAAUAUUUUUCUAUCUACACAUCA